GAACCGCCCGCGCGCGCAUUCAGCGCGAGCGCGAGACGAAGAGCGGCUGAAAGUUGAAUGAGUGGGAUUCAGACAGCAGGUUUCCUGUGAUGACUGAUCACGGGACGUGACCCGGGACGACCCGAAGCCGCCAACAGCUGCUUGUUCAACACACCUGAACGCCUCUGAAUAUGCUGUGGACAUUUCAUUCUCUUGAGGAGUUCUUUAAUCCAUUCAGAAUUAUUAUUGUUACUGUGCACCUUUUUUCACAGUAGUGAGUGAGUAGCAUGUGGCCCCCUGAUGUUGGGCCUCCAGAUGUGCAGCUGACUCUUCCUUGUUUCGGAAGCGUGUUUGAAGAUGCAGAGGAUCUCCAGUCUCCACUGUCCUCUGGGGGAUUAUGCCAGCCAGCAGACCACCCUGGAGGCCUGUGCUGCCUCUCCAGGACCUCGCUGGCCCUGUCUUCGCUGGGAUGUGACCUCAGCUCCAUUCUCAGCUGUAAGACAGCUGGACCCUGUGUAGAAAAGACUGGGCGAAACCUCCCAUCCACAGCUCAGACAGAGACCAAAAGCAGCUCCCAAAGGUUCAGCAGCUACCCUCCAUCCCCCCAUCCAGUUUCUCACAUGCUCUCCAGCUGUGCCAAAACAGCGUCCGUUGGCUCUCCUCCUUCCACCGUCUCCUCUUCUUCAUCUUUCUAUCCUACCUCUUGCUUGCCAGUUUCUGAUCACCAACGGCAACACGCUCUUCAAAAAGAGUUGAACUCCAUCAAACAAGAACAUUCAGAUGAUUUCCCACCAUGCAAAGGGGAACGGUUUCAGUUUAGCAGCCAGCAGGGGGAGCUGUUUCAUCUGUGCCAUGCUAUGAAAGGUCAGAGGGGUCAGGACAGCACCCAAAGCCCUCUUCACUCCCCCAGGCACAAUGCAAGUCCAGGGCAAGACCUCACCCUGGAGCAGCUGGAGCAGUCCUGUCACUGGAUUGACUGCAGCGCCGCCUACAGCAGCCAGGAGGAGCUGGUGAGGCACAUCGAGAAGGUUCACAUCGACCAGCGUAAAGGAGAAGAGUUUGCCUGUUUCUGGGCUGGUUGUGUGCGGCGACACAAACCUUUCAACGCGCGCUACAAACUGCUCAUCCACAUGAGGGUCCAUUCUGGAGAAAAGCCCAACAAAUGCAUGUUUGAGGGAUGCUCCAAGGCCUUCUCCCGUCUGGAGAAUCUGAAAAUCCACCUGAGGAGCCACACAGGGGAGAAACCCUACAUCUGCCAGCAUCCCGGCUGCCUAAAAGCCUUCAGUAACUCCAGCGAUCGGGCCAAACACCAGCGGACACACCUGGACACGAAGCCGUACGCCUGUCAGAUCCCAGGAUGCACCAAGCGUUACACCGAUCCCAGCUCGCUAAGGAAGCAUGUCAAAGCUCAUGCUCAUACGAAAGGUCUGCAGGAGAAGGAGGUCAAGGUUCAGGUCCACGCAAUCCUGGAAUCAGAGAUCUUGAGUGAUUUCCUGGCAAGGCAGCAUCUCCACAGUUCCGUGUCCUCCUGUCGAGAAAGCACCUUGCCGUUUGUAGAUGAGUUCACAGGUGUUUUCUCCGACAGCAGUGCGACUCAAAACAGGAUGAAUCCAGACUUCCUGGCUCCUUCAGCAGACACCUGCUCCCAGUAUUCCGGCCCAGAGAGGAACUUUGAUGCCAACAGUCCCAUAUCUUCCUUAGCCAGCCCAGGAAGCAUGAGGGACGGCAGGUACAGACCAGCAUCUUUGUUUGAGUCCACUGAUGUGAGUCUGCUGAGCCCCCCCUUGGACAGAGGUGACGUCCAGCCGCAGAAAGUCUACAGCCACCAGCAGUCUGUGUUUUCACAGCAGCAAGACUGUCUGUACGCAGAGGGAAAGGUGGUUCCAGCCGCCCGUGAUGGGAGCUUUGAAAACUCCACGACUCACUCUGCAGGAUUCGACUUGCUGCAUGACCUGCAGGGACAGGCAGGAGGCAGGUACCCCGUGUCUGCCUGUCCGGAGGACAGCUUCUUCUUCCAGGCCGGAGGGGUCGACCGCUGCCUCAGUCAGAUCUUCUCCAUCUAUCUGGACUGAUAAUGGUAGUCCAAAGACCAAGCACAAAUGUUUUGGAAGAACUGGACAAAAUCCUACACCAACUGACACCUAUUCAGCCUUACUUCUUCAGACCUAGUGAUAAGAUAUCCGCUCUGAGACUGGAAGGUUGUGGGUUCAAAUCCACAGUUGGGGCAUAUUAAAGACUCUUAAAAUGGGACUCAAGGGGUUGGAUUGUGGGAGUUGAACUACCAACUGAUUCCUCAAUGCAGCUGUGUCUGCAGCCCUUCCCUCCCCCAGGCGUGGGUCAAAUGUGGAGAACAAAUAUCUCACACCUAGGUGCGUGAUAAAUAAUGGGACUACAAUAUUGUUUGAAAAUUUAUAGUGGCAGUGGACACUUUAGAAAAUUAUUGGAGGCUACAGAAAACAAGUAAACAUGAAUGACCCAAACUGGAGAAAUGAUAAGAAUAUUUAUGUAAAUAAUAGAAAAUACAGUAAUGAUUGCAGCAUUUAUGAACUCAAUAGAAAAAGCUUUACACUUUUUAACUUUCUCCAUCUCUUACACUGCCAAAGUUAAACAUUAAAGAAUGUUCUUUGCAGUGUUGUAAUACAGGACAAUUGGGUCAGCAGUGUUGUCUGCAUAAAAAAGACAUUUGAGGCCUAAAUGUCGUAUUCUCUUGUCAAAAGGCCUGGUUCAUUCUCCAGCUUUUUCAGUGCUAAAGUCAAAGUGUCCUUGGGUGAAAAAAAUAAUAAUAGAUUUGAAUGAGAUCCCCAAAAUGUCUUUGGAGAAAAUAUGUUCUGUCUUGAAUUAACUUCAACAACAAUUGAUGAACGUAAAGCUGUCGAAACUGUUUACCAGUCUAAAAUUGAAAUGAACAGGUUUGUCAUGCGCUUAAAUAUGUCACCAAAGGUUAAGUUGAGUCACAGCACCCGGACCUCAAAUCUUUUUUGUUGAAAUGUUUCACUACUCACCCAAGUGGCUUUUUCCAAGAAGGAAGAUUUUUAGGUCCAGAUGCCAUGACUCAACGUCAAGACGAUGAGUAGGAAAGUAGAGGAUUUUAACUUGUUUUAGGUCUCAAACCUGGUUUUUUAGAUGUCAGUUUCUGUAAUGCUUAAAGAAGUUUAACAUCUGAAUAAGCAGACAUUAGAAAAACAUUUAUGGUUUAGGAUUUGACCGUGCAGCAGUAAGGCUAGUCAACACUGCCCUCUAGUGUUUCAAGGGCUGUAAACGAAAAAGUUCUCAAAAUAAAUAUUUCAAAACUAAACUAAACUAUUUCAAAUGAAAAAUGCACUACCAUUUUUUUAAAGUUUUUAAACUAAUCUUAUUUUAUGUUCCUUAUUUCGGUGUAUUGUUUUGACUUUAUGGCUACAUUUUCAGUAUUAUUUUCAUUAAAAAGGAAGAGUGGACCGUUUACAAGUAACUUUUCUACACUCCAUCUUCAAGUGAAGAUUCUAGUAAUAAUGGGAAAAGUUUACACUGAUUUUGUAGCAUUUUAUAAAUUUCCUACUAUUAUUUUGUAUGGAUUACAUAAAAAUGCAUUGUUUUCAUAUCUAAAUAAAGAUCAGUAUUCUUCUGA